ACGUCUGCCGUCGUUGUCACUCGUCACUGUCAUCGCUGGUGAUUGCGUUUGUCUAUGGCAAACACGUAUUACAUUUACUUACACAAGUACUCGUCCGGGGUGUGAAUUGUACUUUUUUAUCGUGUGUAACCAUUUGUAUUUUAUAAUAAUUCAAUUGGAACAUAGCGUACAAUCUUUAAGCGACACCCGCGCAAGAUGAGAGCACCGAUAAAUUUGGCGUUUUGCGCUCUGUUUUGUUGUUUGGCCGUGGCCAGGGCGGAAAUCUACUUCGAAGAGAACUUCCCCGACGACUCGUUUGAAAACGAAUGGACGUACUCCGAGCAUCCUGGAAAAGAGUUCGGAAAAUUCGUGCACAGUUCUGGAGCAUUUUAUAACGAUGGCGAAGCCGACAAAGGCAUACAAACGUCACAAGAUGCACGUUUUUAUGCAAUUUCCAAGAAGUUUUCACCAUUCAGCAACGACGGAAAGAACUUGGUCAUUCAAUACACAGUCAAACACGAACAAAACAUUGAUUGUGGCGGUGGAUAUGUCAAAUUGUUCAACUGCGAACUAGAGCCCAAGAAAAUGCAUGGCGAAACUCCUUAUGAAAUUAUGUUCGGACCCGAUAUUUGCGGACCAGGUACCAAAAAAGUACAUGUAAUAUUUAGUUACAACGGCAAAAAUGUAUUAGUCAAUAAAGAUAUCCGUUGCCGUGAUGAUGUCUACUCACAUCUUUACACACUUGUUGUAAAACCAGAUAAUACCUAUGAAGUUUUGAUUGACAAUGAAAAGGUAGAAUCUGGUGAGUUGGAAGCUGAUUGGGACUUUUUACCACCUAAGAAAAUCAAAGAUCCUAAUGCUAAGAAACCAGAAGAUUGGGAUGAAAGGCCAACUAUCGAUGAUCCAAAUGACGAGAAACCAGAAGACUGGGAAAAGCCUGAACACAUUCCUGACCCUGCAGCUGUUAAACCAGACGAUUGGGAUGAUGAGAUGGAUGGAGAAUGGGGACCAGCAAUGAUCGAUAACCCAGAUUUCAAGGGCGAAUGGAAACCUAAGCAAAUUGAUAAUCCUAACUUCAAGGGUGUUUGGGUGCAUCCUGAGAUUGAUAAUCCAGAAUACAAACCAGAUGACAAAUUGUACUCGAGGAAAGAAAUUUGUGCUAUCGGAUUUGAUUUGUGGCAAGUGAAAUCUGGUACCAUAUUCAACAAUAUUCUGAUCACAGAUGACAUUGAAUUAGCCCAAGAAAAGGCUAACGCUAUCUGGAAACCUAGAUAUGAGGGUGAAAAGAAAAUGAAGGAAGCCCAAGAUGAAGAAGAGAGGAAGAAGGAAGAACAAGAAGCAAAGAAAUCUGAAGACUCUGUACCUGAAGAUGAAGACGAAGAUGAAGAUGAAGAGCUUGUAGCAAAAUCAGAAGAAGCUCACGACGAAUUGUAAAAAAAAAAAGACUGUGUUUGAUGUCGUUGUUUAAGUUAAUGAUUUUUAUUUUACUAUAUUAUUUAUUUUGAAUUUUAUCCGACCAGUUUAGGACUGCCACACAUUUGUUUUCCGUUGAGCACUCAGCAAACUUCUUAUUCUUUGUAUUUCUACAUAGUAUAUGGUCAUUUUUCCUAACCUAAACCCAUCCGUGACUGGUCUCAUCAAUUAAUUCAUUAAUCUAUAACGGCAGUUUAGGCAACUUAAAAAACAUUCGUUUCUAUUAUAAUAUAUUUAUAUAUAAAUAUAAUUAACUGUUUAGUUAAAUCAUUCUAAUCAUCCUUUUUUUAUUUACAUUAUGUAUCAAAAUUAUCUUCUUAUAAUGAGCAUUGUGUGUAUGUUUAUAGUUAAUAAAGAAUCAGAAGCAAA